GUUGGGACCGCGUCCGUUUGCCGAAAAGCAAACUUAUGAGGAGUUUGUUGCGGGUACUGGUGGCCUGGAUGAAGAUAUCACAUUACCGAAGGGUUUAGAAUCAUGGAAUAAAUCAAAGGAUUCCGAAACUAAAGCUAGAGCGACAAGUGCUACGGACAAGACGGAUGAAGAGCGGUUGAAUUAA